CCUCGUUAAAAGUCUUUCGCCAUGUCCGAUCGCAGUUUUUGUUGCUUUCUAAUCAGUAAUCACAACCUCUGUUUAGUCUCUGUACCCAAACUAUCGUCUCUCCCAUGUAACUAAGGUUUUUGGCAAACAAUGCACGACCAUACCUCUAUUGCCUCAUAUGAUACGUUGCCUUCUCCCCCAAUUUCGCUAUUUGUCGACUGUAUCACGCUCAACGUCACCGAACGAUCUGUUUCAAUGCAACAAGACUAUCUCUCGCCUUGCCAAACUCGGACAGGUCAAGGAAGCUCGCCAACUGUUCGACUCAAUGCCUCAACGGGACACAGUUUCAUGGAACUCUAUGAUCUCCGCCUACACUCAGAACGGCCAAUUGCGCAAUGCGAAGUUGCUUUUCGAUGCCUUUGAAGGUAAGAACAUACGAACGUGGACCAUUUUGCUAUCUGGGUAUGCCGAGUAUGGCCAGAUAAAGGAAGCCAACAUGGUGUUUCAAUUAAUGCCUGAACGCAAUGUUGUUUCUUGGAACGCCAUGAUCAAUGGGUACGUGCAGAAUGGUGAAAUAAGGCAAGCUAGGAAGUUGUUUGAUAAAAUGCCUGUGAAAAAUGUGGCUUCAUGGAAUGCAGUAAUAACAGGUUACUGCGGAUGUGGGAUGAUGAGAGAAGCAAGGGAGCUGUUUGAUAGAAUGCCGGAAAGAAGUAAUCCGACAUGGAUGAUAAUGAUAAAGGGAUACGUUGAGAUUGGAAGGGAUCAAGAGGGAUGGGGAAUCUUUUUGAUGUUGACGAGGUGUGGAGUGGAGCUAGACCAGGCGGUGUUGGUUGCUGGGUUUUCGGCAGUAAUGGGAUCAAAUGAUCUGAAAUUGGUAGGAUGCUUGCGGACAAAGGCUAUGAAGGUUGGUCUGGAGGGGGAUGUGGUGGUGGGAACAGCGGCUAUGAAUACAUAUAUGAGGUGUGGGUCCUUGGGUGAUGCAGUUAAGUUUUUUGAGACAAUGCCGGAGAGAAACGAGUACUCUUGGACUAGUACGAUUGCUGCAUUUUCACAGUGUGGGAGAUUGGAUGAUGCUAUUGCGCUGUAUCAAAGGAAUACUGAAAAGGGUGUUGAUUCAAGUAACACAAUGUUGACUGCAUAUGCCGAGUGUGGCAGGAUUGAUGAUGCCAGGCAUAUAUUUGAUGAGAUUGUGAAGCCCAGUAUCCUUACCUGGAAUUCUAUGGUUAAUGCUUAUGCACAAAAUGGUAUGCUUGAAGAUGCCAAAGACAUGUUCAUACAAAUGCCUCAGAGGAAUGCAAUUUCUUGGGCGACCAUGAUUUCUGGAUUUGUACAUAAUGGACAAUGUAGUGAAGGUUUGAGGUUGUUCUCUGAGUUUCAUCGGACAGGAAUGCUUCCAAGCCAUUCGAGCUUUACUACUGCUCUACAUGCUUGCUCUUUCACUGGAGAUGUUAAUAGGGGAAGACAGAUACACACACUAACCAUUAAAGCUAGGUGCCAAUUUAACUCAUAUGUGGGAAAUGGUCUGAUAUCAAUGUAUGCGAAGGGCAACAGCUUGGAAGAUGUUUCUCGGGUGUUUAGGACAAUGAGAGUGAGAGAUAUUGUUUCUUGGAACUCACUGGUUGCUGGCCUCUCAAAGAAUUACAUGUUGGAUGAUGCUCAGAGUGUAUUUGAAAAUAUGCCAGAACGGGAUGUGGUGACUUGGACUGCCAUUAUCUCAGCUCAUGUCCAAGCUGGGAAAGGAGAAAAGGCCUUUGAAUUGUUCCUUGACAUGUUAACCCAAGGAAUGAAACCAAGAGAGUUGACACUUAUUAGCCUUCUUACUGCAAGUGGUAAUAUGUGUAUAAACAAGUCAGGAGAACAAUUUCACGCGUUGGUAGUUAAACAUGGAUUUGAAUCAUGUAGGUGUGUAUGUAAUGCUGUGAUGACGAUGUAUUUCAAGUGUGGGAAUUUGGAUGGUCUUCGUGUAUUUGAAGAGAUGCCUGACCAGGACAUAGUUACAUGGAAUGCAGUAUUGUCAGGCUAUGCCAAAAAUGGUCUCAGUAAAGAAGCCAUCAGAAUUUUCGAACAAAUGAAGGCAGCAAGCAUAUUCCCUGACGAAAUCAGUUUUUUACAGGUUAUGACUGCUUGUUGCCGUACUGGAUUGGUGAAUGAGGUGUGGGCAUAUUUCAAUUCCAUGAUUAAUGAUUAUGGGAUCAGCCCUUCUGUUGAGCAUUACACUUGUAUUGUUGAUCUCCUAGGGAGAGCUGGACAUAUCUCUGAAGCUGAAUCGCUCAUUAAGAACAUGCCUGUCAAAGCAGAUUGUUUGAUUUGGGAGACACUCCUUACUGCUUGUAGGAUCCAUGGCAACGUAGGAGUUGGCCAGAGAGUUGCUGAAAGGCUUGUUAAAAUGGGAACACAAACCUUUGGUACUUAUGUCUUAUUAUCGAAUAUAUAUGCAUCCCAAGGCUUGUGGAAAAAAGUAGAGGAAACAAAGGAACUGAUGAACAAAAGGGGAGUUACCAAAGACGCUGGAAUCAGCUCGAUUCAGGUAAAAAACAAGCUGCACUCUUUUCUUUUGGGAGGUGAGACGCAAUGAUAUUGCAAAAAUUCAGUUGGAAUUAAUAGACUUCGACAACCAUGUUCACAGCAACAGGCCAUGUGCCAGAUAUGAAUUUCAUUCUUGACAUGGUGUGAAGAAACCUAACCAAAACUAGUUCGUAUGACAGUGGCAAACUGCCCCCUGGCAUGAGGUUUUGUGCACAGCUACACAACAAUGAUCCGUCCAUUGAUAUUAUGAAGAAUUUCUGAAAAUAUAUUUACUGCCCUUCAUUAUGAUAUUUAUGCUCAAGAGUAGCCAGUGCAUUAUUAUUCUUGUAGAUGAGGAUAGAGUUCACCACAUCUAGGAUGGUUCAUAUGCUCGUUGAAGUUACUGGUGAGCAUGGUAGAUGAAGAAAUUGAGUGAAGAGAGUACUAACUGUUGGUUGCUGUUUGGAUGAAUGUCAACGAUUAAGCUGAAUGCAACUUGGGAAGAUGAGAGCUCAAGUCACAGAAAUGAGACUUGACUCUCCUGGAGGUGAAUAUUGUUUGGCCAUUCUCCAGAUAGCUCCUCUAUUCAACUUUUACUGGAGAAAGAAAUCCAUUAACGGAGCCCUGAGUAUCAAUGUAAAAUCAUGGUCGCGGAGGAUGGACCGGUAUUCUAUGGAAUGUUGUAACUGGUUUUUUGGAGAGCCCUAAAUCGCUCAAAAUAAGAUACAAUAUGUACUUUGUAGCCUUUAAUUAAUCGAUCACUGAUUAUUUGUGCAAACUUAAA